CGACUCGCGUCGGCAACUGCAUUCCGUCACUUCAACAGUUUCGUCGGUCUCCUCUCGUCACCCACGUGUCUUGCUCCUGUGCGUCCCCGCGCGACGAAGAGAGCAGUUGCAUUGUUUUCCAUCGGCUCCCCUUCGCAAAAGAACACCCGGUCCCGCGUUCUUCAAACGACUGGAAGGUACCACGGAAGGAAGACGGGCCAACGACGGGGGCGGUGAACGGAUUAGUGCCACGGCAUUGCUUCCACGCCGCUACGAUUGUUCGAAGACGGGCCAGUCGUUCAUCCCCCAGCGAUCGCUUGACGCCUCGGGUUUUCUGAGCCAGUGUUCCUUUCUGGCAGGGUCAGUGACAUAUCGGUGGCGUGUGUUGUACGAGAGAGAGUUCACCUGUGUUUCUUUUUUCUUUUUCUAUCUCUCUUGUUGAUGUUCCUGGAAAGUUGAACGACUUUUCGUCGCUGACGUGUACUUGUUUUCGCAAGCACUGUUCCGACUAUUUGAAUGCCCGCAACGACUGCCUCGUGCGCAGGAAGUAACUACGUCUUGCGGUAUCGGACUACGCUAGCCAUCGGUGCUAAACGUGUCAGUGAGUUAUGACAACUUUAUGUGUUUUUCCAAACCACGUCACAUAUAAAGAGCUCCAUGAAGCGGAUUUCGGAAGUAGUGUUACUAUGAGAAGUGGGCACUCCAACUGGUGUUGAAGGCAUUCCUGAGUGGCCGGUUUCAAGGAAGCCGUCCUUGACGUGACUCAUCAGUGGAGCAAUACAUUUAUACCGCGUAGUAAUGACGAGCGAGUACUCAAAGUUUAGUAGUUUAACAAGUUAGUACUUGUUACCGACGAAAGAACCUACACAGAGUUGGAACAGCGACGAAGAUUGCGUUUGUGCCUACUCACGAAGAACGUGUCUGCAACAACUCAGGAAGUCCUUCGUUAGGGAAACUUUAUUUAAUCACCGAGCUUGAAGUUUGGUUCAUGAUUUAGAGCUUCUCGUGAUAAUUUUGUGCCGUUUGACAUUCCCCGUGGUGCCAAGUGAAUACGCAUCCACACUGUCCUUUAAGCCAGGAGUUCGCGGCUAAAUGUCGUUCGUGAUUCGUGUGAUUCCUGCGGGCUCAGAUCAGUCAGUUACACACAGAGGGCGCCCGAGAACUGGUCACUAAAAGCGGUGCACAUACCCCGAACGGUGCCGCGACUGUUCAACUCACGUUGCGUGUGCUUGUGUUUUUUGUGGAUUUCACUGUUUCUAUCUUGAGCCUUCACCAUGGUGGCCUUGGAUAUACCGUUCAUACCAGCGGUCAUUCCCUUCACCGCAUUUCUGUUUCUUCGGUUCGGCGAACGAAUAGUGCCAUUCCAGAGCGAGCACAUUCAGAAGGAGUACGACUACAUCAUCGUGGGUGGUGGAUCAGCGGGAGCAGUGCUGGCCAACCGGCUCUCGGAAGACCUCACCGCAACCGUCUUACUAAUAGAGGCGGGCGGUAUAGAAAAUGAAGUAUCGGACAUACCACUCAUCGCGGCAACUAUGCAGAUGUCCCCACUGGACUGGGCGUACCGAACGGAACCUCAAAAAACGUCGUGUUUUGGCCUAGAAGGAAGGAGGAGUCCGUGGCCUAGAGGAAAAGCGCUGGGAGGAUCGAGUGUGAUCAACUACAUGAUCUACAUCCGGGGCAACCCACACGACUACGACCACUGGGCACAAAACGGGUGCGAGGGGUGGUCAUGGAAGGAAGUGUUCCCCUACUUCCUCAAAUCGGAGGACAACCGGGAUCCUGCUGUUCUGCAAAAUGGGCACCAUAAUCACGGUGGCCCCUUGACUGUGUCUACCCCUGCAUACGCGACGCCACUGGGUCACGCCUUCAUUGAGGCCGGUCUUCAACUUGGCUACCCAAACGUCGACCUCAACGGAGCCCAGCAAACAGGUUUUGCCAUACCGCAAGGUACCAUAAGACGAAGCGCCAGAUGCAGCACACACAAGGCGUUCGUGAAGCCUAUUCGUCAUCGAAAGAACCUGCACAUCACUCUCUACUCAGUGGCCACCAAGAUCCACUUCGACGAGUGGAACAACGCCCGUGCUGUCCAGUUCGAGCGCUUCAAGGUGCCGCACAUGGUGUUCGCCCGACGAGAGAUCAUCCUGUCGGCUGGAUCCAUCGGCAGCACACAGCUUUUGCUCCUGUCUGGCAUUGGACCGAAACACGACCUGCAUAAGCUGGGAAUUCCCGUCCUUGCUGACCUACCAGUGGGUUACAACUUACAAGACCACAUCUACCCUGGCGGCAUGAACUUCCUAGUUGAGGAGCCGGUGUCUAUGGUGCAGACCCGAGUGUUCAACCUCAAACAAAUCCUCCGCUAUCUCACCAUAGGGAAAGGCCCUCUGACACUUCUGGGCGGUGUUGAGGGUCUCGCAUUCAUCAAUACAAAGUACGCCAACAAAAGCAUGGACUGGCCGGACAUCGAAAUCCACUUUUUGUCGGGAUCGCCUGUAUCCGACGGAGGACAGAUAUUCAGGCGUACCGAGGGAAUUGCUGACGAGCUGUGGGAGAAAGUUUAUGCGCCUUACGUUUACGCGGACACGAUGUCCGUGUAUCCGGUGCUGCUGAGACCCAAAUCUCGAGGAUACAUCAAGUUACGGUCUCGGAACCCGCACGACCCGCCGAUCCUGGACCCGAAGUACCUCAGUCACCCAGACGACAUCAUGACACUAGUUGAUGCAAUGAAGUUCUCAAUGGCGGUGGCCGAAGCGCCAGCCUUCAGGAAGUAUGGAGUUCGAAUGUGGGACUUGCCGUUCCCUGGAUGCGACCACUACAAGCACCUUAGCGACGAGAACCUGGCCUGCAUGGCCCGAUCCUUCACAAACACUAUCUACCACCCUGUCGGCACGGCAAAGAUGGGGCCGGUGUGGGACCCGACCACAGUCGUUGACCCGCAGCUUAGGGUCAAAGGAGUGCAACGAUUGCGGGUCAUCGACGCCUCCAUCAUGCCCACAAUUGUGUCGGGGAACACCAACGCGCCGUCGAUCAUGAUCGGCGAGAAAGGGGCUGACAUUGUCAAGGCCGCCUGGAUGCACCACAGCAACUUCCACCAGCAGCUGCACGAGGCUGCCAAGCGCAAGAGGUGACCACGGUCAGCCGAGACCCGCGCGAAGCCGCGGCCGCAAGCGCUGCACGCACUCUUGCCAAAGACUAUAGCCGAGGCAUUGCUCACUACGCCAGCGCCACCAACGCGUGUCGUGUACGGUGCACAAGGACUCAGAGACAAUCGGGCCCAGCGCCGGGGACAAUAAAUCUGUGAACACUACUCGCUAACAACUCGGACACACUCGCACUGUCCUCGCCAAACGUAUGCAAGCCACUUCGCCGAAUGGCUUCGGCAUUUCGGGAUUAUUUGCAUUUGAAUGCCGAUAACGCAUCACGGGGCGUAUUCCAAACUGUUCACCAACUCGACACUCCACACCAACACAAGCAUCUAUGGAGCCGCUAUGCAAAUGCUGUUCUAAAAUGACUUGCAUAUAAGAUCCCUUCAAUUAUGAUGAUGAUGAUUUAUUGGCACCCCCUUUGAAACGGGGCGGUGACAAAUAUUCACCUAGCCUGCUUGAACUAGUCAGGUAUACAUGCUUUUCUGUCUAGCAGUCUGCCUACAUCUGCUUAUUCUUCUUUCUCUUCCUAGAAGCUUCUAAAUCUACCUUUUACCGUUACCUAUGCCUAUAUCAGAUAUUCUCCUAUCAAUGUUUUUCGUCUUCUAUCAAUCACAAGCAUCUUGGUGACAGCCCUGCUGAUUGAAUGAAGUGGUCACUACGCCUUAAUAACACCAUGGCCUCGGAGAUUUGGCGUCCGUGCGGCAUGAUCUCGGAGGCAAUGCAAUAAUUUUACACGACUCUUCCUCAACGAAAACUUUGUAACCAGGCAAUCUCGUCCUCUACGUGAAUGCACUGGAGUGACGAUACAUUUCUAAAACAGCUCCUCAUCGCAAUCGCCGAGGAGCGCUAUUGAAGAUAAGUAUAUUCAGUGAAUGAGUCAACAAGUGGAUUUGGCGUAGUCGAGGAAGAGCGAGUCCUGGAGCGUCUCUGAGUACGGGGCUUAAAAUACUUUGUAGCAACCUUGACAUACCAAAAUUGCAAGCGUUAAGAAAAGCAACGCAUACGUUCUCGGUGCUCCUUGGAGCACCAACCGCGGAAAGUCCAGCGGCAUCUUGACGCGACCUGUCAUAUGAUGCAAUGUGAAGUGGCUUGUGUACUUUCGGCAAGGACUGUAACGUGUUGUUACAGUCCUUAUAGGCGUUGUUGUUCCCCUUCGCCGCCCAAGGCAGGUCUUCAGCACUGAGAUCGCCAAGAAGACACUCUGCUGGGGCCACUGAAGAUCACCACGAGGAAUACGUGAGCGAAAGUCCGUGUUGUGCUAACAAAGAACUAUAGAUUGCAUGGACUUUCGCUCAAGAAGACCAGUCGGAAAGUGCCGUCAGUUGGGUCAUCGGCCAUUCCUUACGCUUUCAGAAACUUCAAACGUGAACCGACAUUUACAGCCGCUGUAUGACUGACAACAGAAAAGCAGAAGUGACGAUUUAGUGGAGUUCCGAAGAUUGGAGUGCGUUGAACGUGCGCGGAAUCUCAAGUCUUCGCUUGGUGUCCUACUUGGUGUGUGAGAUUUCUGAUUGUGGAUGCGAUGACAGCAACCUGGACAAUUUGCUAUCAUCGUGAAUGCGGAAGUCAGGAUUUGUGCUUGGAGAAGUGUAAUGAUACAGUGGUGAAAUUCCUGUUAUACUAUACAAGUAGAGCUGGGCUCCAGGUUUAACGCUUUCUGAGUGUGAAUGUACCGGCUGGUAAAACCACUGCAGAGCGGCAUUAUAUUGUAUGGCGCUAGAUAAAUAUUGCAGCCGUAGAUUCUUGCCACCCCAAGUUCUCGCGAGGUGCCAUGCAGCCGUGUAAUGGCACCGGAGCGGCGAAGGAUAAGGGUGUGUUGUACUAUAAUGCUGUAUGCAAUGGUUGCGGUUCACUACGGUUCGCUGAAAAAGCCAGACCUUUUUCUUUAUACGUUAUGACUAACUGCACAAAGUAACUCGUAUGACCGUUGUGCUUUACUGUGGCCACAACGCAAAUUCUGAGUGGCGUAUCUGAGGGGCAGGACAACUCAAUUCUUUUAAUGCAGUAAAGGCAUGCGAGAAUAAAUGCAAUUGCUUCACGGACCACCUCGUUUUCAUUUGAUUUCAAUAGUUAUACUUUAUGCAUUUAACGCUAAAUACGGAGGUAUGUAUUUUGCUGUAAAGCAUGGUUGGAAAAGUGUAUCCCUCCAGCAGGGCUAGGACAUGAAAUGAAAACCUAAUUAAUGUGGAUUAGCAAUUCCUUUCUUGCCAUUUGUUAUACCAUUUCAUUUCACCAGCAUCAAGUGUCGAGUAGCGCGCCUCAAUUAUUAAUACCUUGACAGCAAAUAAUAUUCCAAUGAGCCGGCCUACACAUUCUGUUCAUGCUUCAAAAUGUAUUGUUAUGUUUUGAUUUAUCUUUUAAUUAGUGCACGUAACCCAAUAUGCAGCUAAGCAACACUACUAAAAUAUGACGUCGUUCUGUCGGAUAAAAUAGGAAUCCUAGCUGCCUGGUCCUCGUUUUCGGCCUACUACCUCAAGCAUUACGCUAAUGUUAAGCGAAAUAUGAAGCCACCUAGGUAGGAAAGCUCAACCGCUGAGCGAAAACUGAAAUUUAGAGCAGCAUCUUAUUAUGCAUAGAGCUACACUCUUUUACACCCAUUUCCACGAGUAUAGGCCCUCAUAAAGCUGAAGGCAAUCAAUAUAUGAUUUUAACAAUACUUUGCUGGCAUUUGCCAACUUCUACAAAUGUCGCCAACCUUUGUGUCAUCCGUGUAUCUGUCCACAUAAGUUAUUAUAACUUCUUCGCCUGCCUUCGUUUCCAUCACUCAAUGCUUAGGACAACAAAUCCAAUGCUCAUGUAGUGUUUAACAAUGUUACUGCAAUCUGAUAAUUUGUGAGAGAUGUGCAGAUUGUCACUAGUGUGCUUCGAAAAUAAGCGCUUCAAUUUUUCUAUUUGAAUAUUUUUGUGCUUCCGUAAUAUUUCAGUGGUAACUACAAGAAAUAUUGCCAAAUAGGCGCAAUAUUGCGUCUGAAAUGCAAGACAGAUUAUUUGAUAUGUAGAAUUCGCUGACGGGGGCUCACAUUGUAGGAUUCUUUUCAAUUUUAAAUCGAUUUCUUUUGAAAAAGUGCGCACUUUGGCAUGUCUGUUUCUAUGGACUGAAUACUAAAUAAGAAAGGAAAUGAAGAAAAGAAACAUAAAAAUUAUGGGGAAUGUAAGUUCUAAUUGCUUCUUGGACUGGGAGCGCAACGGCAGCUAGCUAUGGCACAAACCGUUGAUUCUAAGCAGACAUCUACAAUUUUGUCCUGUACAUCAGCAUACACAAGAAAGCCAGUUAUCAUCAUAUUCACCACUUGCAAGUUAAAGGUACUAGAGCUGAAAGUGACAACGAAUUUUCGCACAUCCUGGGAUUUACUAGACUUCUGUGUUUUUAUGUGGCUGGCUGCGGUUCCAGAAAGGUUCGACAUUUCGUUCCAGCUACCCUGAAGUCUAAGUCACUGUGGUACAAUGCGCUCUGUUCGUCUACGCGUCGAGCAACUGCGUCAGCGAAACGUGUGCUGUGAAGUGUGCUUCGUCGUUAAUCGUCUUCACUUCCAAUUACAUUGUGGUUUCUUGCGUGUGUGUGUGCGUGUGUGUAUGUGUGUGUACCGUAGUGUGCUGGCGUCUGCGGCAGUGGUUGCAAAACGAGAGAAUGAGUUUUUGUUUGGGCCUUGCCGCUUUCUCCACUGAUGUUGCUCGUGCAUGACUGUUUUUUUUUUUUUUUACCGCAAGAAACUUUCCAUGGAAGAGUGUCUCGAUGUCCGUCUGGCUUAAUUUUCCGUUGAUAGCUUAAAUCGCCUUGCAACAAGCUGUGCUUGUUGGCCGAGGUUAAAUCGUUUUGCUCGUUCGUCCAUAAAAAAUAUUUCAGCGUUGUUCGUCCAUAAAAAAUGAUAUAUCGUGAUUCUUGUCUGUCGAAGGAAGUAACACUCAUUGGUCUACUAAACCGCUUGAAUUAGUAGGUGUUAAGGCCACCAUUUCAGGAGGAUGUGAGUUGUAUGGUGGCUUAAUUAUUGAUCCAGCUUUGUUGUUUUGCGCUUUUUUAUUAUAGUUGAGGCGCAAUUUUUGUUGUGUACACUGGUGAAGAUGGCUGGCUCGAAGAAUACUCUUUGCUGAUUUUUGUUCAAUAAAAAGGAUCGCAAGUGCGGUUUGUGCCUAA